CCCAGAGAACUCAUACAACAAUGAGAUGCAAAUUUCUUCUGAAUCUGCAGAAACAUCCUCUACUAAAAUUGCAGAAACCAGCAGCCAAAACAUAAGCUCUUCAAAUGAAGACAACUCAACAAAAACCUCUACAGAAGCUAUCACAGAAACUAAGACAAAAGAAACUGACGAAUCUGGCCUCACAAAAAAAUAG